AGGUGCACACGUUGGUAACAAACUGGCGGCUUGUCCUUGAGCGAAAGAGGAUAUCCUACUUGCCUGCCCAGCCAGGGACACUUGCGUAAUUCAUCGCACUCUUGAAGUACUCCGUCAUUAGUGCAACACUGCCACUGCUGUGCAUGAGAUGGAUAUAAAGGUGAUUAACAACAGCACUAGCAAAGCGGCAAUAUCACCAGCCAGACAACGGCGGCAUCACAUAAGCAACACCGACAAAAUAAAAACAACAACACAUAAUUACUGCAGCAAUCGAUCAUGGCGGCAAACCACAGCCAGUGUACCUGAAGGAGACCAACAACUCCCUCAUCUGGACGCGCUCUUGUGAGAAGGAGACCACCGAGCCUGUGGAGGGCAAGGUCAAAGGAGAGCUCCCGCAGUGGCUCAGCGGACGCCUGACUCGCAACGGACCAGGAAAGACAGGCUUCGGUGACACUCAGUUUAACCACCUGUUCGACAUGUCUGCACUCAUUCACCAGUUCAACAUCUAUGACGGCCGCGUUACGUACCAGUCCAGGUUUCUGCAGGGCGACACCUACAAGAAGAAUCUGAAGGCGAAUCGUAUUGUUGUGUCGGAAUUCGGCACGGGGGCGUACCCAGAUCCCUACAAGACGCUGUUCCAGAGGUUCAUGAGCUUCUUCACACCCUUACAACGAGAUGUGACGGAUAACUGCCUGGUGAGUGUGUGUCACUUCGGCGAUGAGCUAUACGCUAUGACGGAGACCAACGUGAUGCGAAGGAUAGACCCCGAGACGCUGGAGACAGUGGGAGAGAAGACGAACCUGGACGAAUAUCUAAUAGCUGUAAAUACUGCUACGGCUCAUCCACACGUGGAUCCUGAUGGCACUGUCUACAAUAUGGGUAGCUCUUUCGCCGCGAAGGGAGGGCCACAAUACUACAUUGUCAAGUUUCCUCCACCUGCAGUGGUCGAUGGUAAGAAGAAGUCCUCGCUGGAUCAGGCCAAGGUGGUGAGCAACAUCCCAUGCGAAAAGAAACUGCAACCUUCUUAUUACCACUCUUUCGGCAUCACCGAGAACUAUUUUAUCUUCGUGGAGCAGCCCUACGUUCUUAAUCUGAAGAAUUUUCUCCUCAAUGCCUUUUUGGGGAAGAGCUUCCUGGCUUCUAUGGAGUGGCACAGCAAGAAGAAGACCAAGUUUCACGUGGUGCGGCGUGACACAGGGGAGAUGAUCGCCACCAAGUAUGCCUCCGACGCCUUCCUCACCUUCCACCACACCAACGCCUACGAGGAGGACGGUCAUCUGGUGGUUGACCUCUGCGCCAUCAAAUCUGGAGAGGUCAUCUCACAGUUCCUACUCAAAAAUUUAUCUCAAGAUGACUUCAAAGUGUCCCCGAGCGACUUGCCUCACCACCGUCGCUACGUGCUGCCGCUCCACACGGAAGGUGCCCACUCGGACACCAACUUGGUAACGCUGAAAGGCACGAAGUGCACCGCUCGGAAGAUACAGAACGGCACCAUCUUCCUCGAGGGGCAAGACAUCUCACCCAACAUCAUUGACCUGCCGAGGAUAAACUACAAGUACAACGGCAAGCCUUACACCUUCGCAUACGGGGUGGAGGUCAAUCCUCUCGGGAUGCAGUUCUCAAGGCUGGUGAAGAUGAACAUGCGCACUGGUGAGACGCAGCUGUGGCACGAGGAUGGCAAGCUGGUGAGCGAGCCGGUGUUCCUGGCGGCCCCGGACGCCACCCGCGAGGAGGAGGGCGUCGUGCUCACUACUCUCCUUGAUAAGAACAACCCAACCUUCGUGGCGCUGCUAGUGCUGGACCCAACCAGCUGGAAGGAGGUGGCGAGGGUGGAGUUCAAGGCGCAGGGCAAGGUGACGCAGACCUUCCAUGGACAGUUUGCUGCCACGGGAGACAAUGUUCACCUCCUCUAAACUCCCACCUGAGACGGAUAUCAUGUAAAUGGUAGUGUCAGGAAACCAUGAGUACAGCAAUGUUGUUAUUUUACAUUUACCUUUGGUCCAGGUAUUAGUUAUCCUGAACAACACUACUUUUCAAACAGUUAAUGCAUCGUGGGUUAUGAUGAUGAAUAAAUAUAUAUAUACUGUACGCUGCACAUUUCGUCACACGUUACAAUUAAUGCCAAGUAUUUGUCUCUGUCUGAUUCAUAUUUUCACACAAGUGAAAUGGAACGUGGGAAUUCUAUUAUAAAAAAAAAUGUAUAUCAAAAUAUAUGUCUGCAUGGUGUGCCGGGAUGGUUUGCAUGCGUUGUGCUCGUCUUGCACAGAAACGACACGGUUUUUGUGAGGGGAACAGUUUGUAAUCAUCUUCAGUUUUAUAAGCAGCAAAAGAAUUGCUGGAUUUCAUGAAGAAUUACAGAUGCAGAAACAUACUAUAAUUCCAUUUAACUGAUUCGUCGUUUUGCUUGCAUGUCAGUAACUAUCUAUGUAACAAUAAUCUUGAUAAAAUGCUGUGCAAGGGAUUUUUUCUUAUCUCUAUACAAUCCAGAACGAAUGCAUAUCCGGCUUCACAAUCUAUACUUUUCCAGUUCAUUAUUGCACACGAUCUUUGGAAAUUAUUCUUUCAUACUUUUUUUUAAAGUUCUGAUUAGAAGUUUUAAAUAGCAAGUAAAGAACGUGAUUUUUUCUUUCAUGUGUAAUUACAUAAGAAAGGAAUCCACUCGCAUGUAUACUUUUUGUUUGUAUGGCUCAUAGUCUUUAAUUUACCGUUAAUUUCUAUUCAUUCACUUAUCUGUUUAUUUACUCAUUUGUAUAUUUCAGAGGGACACCAAUGUAUGGCUUACGUUUUAAAUAAGA